CAUCUGUGUCAGUUGGACAUCGAUAAUCGGAGCUGAUAUAAUCAAUAAUUAGCUCUGCUCAAGGACACUAUAUAACUCGUCGUGCUCGCGCUCUUUUGAAUAAUUACCUUUGUGUGCGCGCGCUCCAAACAGGUUUGACGGGGACACACCUGAAGAAGAAGAACGACACAGUCUGUACUCCAUUUUUGACCUCAGCGGACGACGGACAGAGACUGCGGACAAAGGAGACCAUUUAUUCUGUUAAUUCCUUCGAGAUUUUUACUUCUUUCAACAUGAAGCUGUGGAUUCUUGUGGUCCUCUCUGCCUUGGCGGCGGGAGCCUCUGCUCAGAGCUGUUCAUGUGAAACUAUGAAGUGGGCCACCUGUGAAGAAAACCCGUGCCGAUGCGAGAUUCUGGUGGGCAACAAUAUGAAACAACCCCUGGACUGCACAAAAUUGAUCCCCAAGUGCGUCCUGAUGAAGGCUGAGAUGUACAGAGCGAAAAAGGGUCUGGAUACUCGUACAGGAGGAAAGCCAGUGGAGUCGGCCUUUGUGGACAACGAUGGCAUCUACGACCCCAUCUGUGAGAGCAACGGCAAAUUCAGGGCCAAGCAGUGCAACAACACUAAGGAGUGCUGGUGUGUCAACAGUGCUGGCGUUCGUCGUACCGACAAGGGAGACGAGGAUCUCAAGUGUGAUGAGCUGGUGGAGACCUACUGGGUCCGUCUUCAGCUGAAACACAAACCAGUGAAAGGUGCAGUGGAUGAGACCAAACUGAAGGGUGCCAUCGCUGAUGCCAUUAAUAAGCGUUACAAGAACUUUGACAAGAGCUUGGUGGACACUGUUGAGUAUGACCCUGAUGCCCGCCUGAUUGUGGUGGAUGUGAAGAAGCCAAUGAAUGACCGUACGGUUGACCUGGCCAACAUGGCCUACUACAUGGAGAAAGAUGUGAAGGUGCUGCCCCUGUUCAAGAACCAGGAGAAGUUUGAGCCCACUGUGGGCAACCAGACGCUGGAGAUGGAGAACAUCCUGGUGUACUAUGUGGAUGAGAAGGCCCCGACUUUCACCAUGAAGCACCUGUCUGGUGGAAUCAUUGCUGUCAUCGUGGUGGUGGUGCUGGCAGUGGUUGCUGGCCUGCUGGUCCUGUUCUUUGCCAGAAGGCGACAGAAUCAGCAAUACAAACAAGCCCAGCAUAGAGAGAUGGAGAACAUGUAAACCAGGAGGAGCCUGUGAAGAUUGAGCUUGUACAGCACCUUUUGGAUGAACUUUCUGCAGUGGGAGUGCCAUUUUUUUUUUUUGUCUUUUUACUUGAGGAAUACAGAUUGUAAAGGAAAGAUCAACUUUCUUCUUUUUUUGGAUAUCUUUGACACUACUGGUAUCGCCACUUAUUUAUAAAUUGUGCAAAUUCGUAACGCAUCAUCCAAUCUAUAUGCCAUGAAGAACUGUGCUUUUAAAAGUGUGCCUGAAACGCGCCACAUUUUAAUGUUAGUACCUGUUGAAUGGUUUAAAUUCCGAGUAAUAGAUUGUACAGUUUCUUACUUACUAAUGUGUUUGUUGGAUUGUUUUUAAUAAAAAUGUUUUAAAGA